UCCGUGUCGAAGGUUUAAAGAGUUUUGUUUACAAAAUGGAUGAAUUUAAAGGCUGUAACCUGGAUUACUUUCCCGAAAACAUUUUAAUUGACGUAUUGUCGUAUUUGAGCGUACGGGAGCUCGUCAGAGCUGGAAGAGUGUGUAAGAGAUGGAAACGCCUUGUUAAAGACCAAAGACUGUGGAGGUUUGUCGAUCUGACCGCAUGGAAAGGGGUGACAUCCCGCAUACUUUGGCUCCUGCUGCGUCAGUACCUGGGUUGCGGACUAAGAUGCCUACGCUUGCGUGGUUUGCUGCUUUCUGCCCGAGGGGGCACCUUCCUCUCUGAGUCUUGGCUCAAAGCUUUGUCCACAAAGUGCCCUCGGCUGAGUAAGCUGUAUCUUCUGCAUGCAGACCUGAGAAUCCUGCCCAGUUGCCAGCUCCUCCCUCCGUCUUUGCAGGUCCUGGAGCUGCGUGGCUGUGAGCUGCCUCGUGAAUUUUUCAACCAGACUCCUACUUCAUCUGCUAGUUCCCAAGAACGAGCAGAAGCCACAUCCAGUGUUGGUGCUCAACAGCGAAGAAGGGAUCAGAAAGGAAAAGGACUUGGCUCUCCAUCAGGGAUCUGUAUUGAGAGGUUAGUCCUUAACAACGUGCCCUCUUUCACAGACCAGCAUCUGCAGAGUCUGACAUCAUGGGAGAGGCUCAGUCGAUUGGAGCUGCGCGACACCUUUCGUGUGACGGCUAACGGGCUCAGGAGCUGUGCUACCAAGGACGGCAUCUGUGGUGUGGAAGGGCUUUCCAGGCUUAAGUUUCUGGAAAUAGGCAUCACUGGGCGGCAAGGCUACCAGUUACAGAUGGCCUCCCUCGGGCUGGGGGCAGGAUGGCUCGGACUGGAGGAGCUGAGCCUGGGUGGUAAGGAGGUGGGGCCAGGCUUGCUCUGUGCCAGCCGUCUGAAGGACCUGAAGUGUCUGUGCCUGUGGGCCUGCACACUCAGUGAGAUGCAGAUAGUGCGGAGCUGCAGGAUGCUCCGUGGGCUCCGGCGUCUGGAGUUUUUAGACGUGAUCUUCCAGCCUCGGCAAUGUCCACCAGUGGUGGAGGGGGAGGAUGGUGGUAGUGGAGAAGAGCAGGACAGUGAGGAAGCUGCAGGUGGAGAUACCAGCAAUGAUGAGAACAAGACACUAGAUAUGAACGAUCCCAUUCCAAGUUUGCGUCGCUCACUGGCUGUCCUACUGCCAUCUUGCAUACUAGUUUUCACCAACUGCUCUGUUCAGAUCAGUGCAGACUAAAUGCGGUCUCUACUGCUGUAUACAAGUGGCCAAUCUGGAUAAAGUCCUCUUCCACACAGGCAUAUGUCAUUUUAUAUUGUGUUAUUGAUAUAAUGAGUGACUUAGGUUUUUAUUAUUGUGCAUGUGCAUAUAACUAGGCUAGGAUAUUUUCAAACCAUUUUUCUUCAAACUUGAACAAAAGCUUACUUUUAAUGGAGCUAUAUAUUGUGAUAUAGUACAGACAGGCAUGUCUGUUGGCUAAUCCUGCAAAUUAAAAAUACCUGACAAAUUAAGGUACUUCAUCACAUUGAUGAAAAAAAUCAUCUUGCCACAAAGCAGUCUUGCUCCUUGAUUUGCAACGUUGCCUCGGUGACCCAGACAUAUUAAAGUUAGAGCUACAACAUUAUAAGCGUCUCACGUUAUAUAUCAUCAUAUCGUCCAACCCUAGUGCUUUAGGGCUGUCUCACUUCCAAACUAAUUGCUCACAUGGAGAAUGCGGACAAAAAUAAAUAUGUUUUUAGCAUAAUCUUUUUUAAACUCAGUCACAAUAUAAAACAAAAUAUGGAACUGCCACUGCAGACUGUAAAGACGGUGUGUCGGCAGGUGUCAGCUACAAAGGCAAAGAACCAACUGAAGCAUACUGCUGGCAAUGAUCCACCUGUUUCCUGUUCCUUCACUUCUUUUCAACAAUGUAUACAUUUAGAAAAUAUAUCUGUAACAAGCAGGUGUAUGGUUUUAGUGUAACAGAACAACAUAACAUAUUUCAGUUCAUCUUUAUCAAGUCCCAGUUGCCUGUUACUUUCUCAGUUUUUUACUAUAUGAUUUUUAGAAAUUAUGAAUUAAGAAAUGGUAAUUGUAGAUGUCUGUUUAUUGUAUUAAUGAGGGGAAACAUGGAAGAUCUGUGUCACUGACAUGAAUUGUGUUGCAUUUAAAUCAACCAUUUAAAGAAGGUUACAAUGAGAAAUGAGAAAUUGUUUUGAAUAAACCUAUUUUGAACAAACAAA